UUUUUUUUUUUCUUCUUCCACACUUUUUCAUUCUUCAUUCCUCAUCCUUCAUUCUUCAUUUCUUUCUGAAUCUCAUUCCCCUUUUUCCUCUGCAUAUAUAGUCGAAACCAAUACAGCUUCAAGUCGACUGAAUCUUUAAUCACUGACUGUCAAGCAAAAUUCAAUAACUACGAAUCACCGAAAAAAAAUAAAAAUAAAAAUAAAAAUAAAAAAAUGCCCUCCGACAUAAGAGUAACCAUUGUAGGCGGUGGCAUUGGCGGGCUUGCAUUGGCCAACAUGUUUGAAAAGGCCAACAUCAGUUACAUUAUCCUCGAAAAAGCCACACAGAUCAAAGCCCUAGGAUCAUCCCUUGGUUUGGAUGCCACCACCUUACCAGUCAUGGAACAGCUCGGUCUCCUCGAAGAUUUCUACCGCGCUUCGAACCCUGUACGUCAUUUCAACUUUUACAACGAGCACUUGAAACCCAUCGGAAAAGUUGACUUUUCAGAUCUGGAAGAAAUUGGCGGAUACCCUGCCAUCAUCUUAGAUCGACCUUCGUUUUACAACAUCUUGCUUAAAAAUUUGCCCAAGGACAAGAUCCUCUAUAAUAAGCGAGUUCUUUCUAUUGUCCAAGACACUGAAGGUGUCACUGUCAAGUGUGCAGACGGAAGCGCAUAUUUAAGCGAUAUUAUCAUUGGUGCUGAUGGAGCAUAUUCAGCCAUACGACAAAACAUGUACAAGAGUUUGAAGCAGAAGGGUAAACUCUCAAAGUCAGAUGACAAACCUCUUGGUUAUAAUCAGCAUUGCCUUGUCGGAGUGACCGAGCCUGUCGAUCCAGAACGAUACCCUAUUCUUAAAAGAGAUUUUGCAGAUUUUGAGAUUGUUAUACCCAAGCAUGAUCCUUUCUAUGCCAUUUAUAUGCCUCUACCAGGCAAUAGAAUUUCAUGGGCUGUGAUCCAGAACGUCCCUCGGGGGGAUGCACAAAAGGGUGAAGGGUUCCGAUUUUCGGAAUGGGGACCAGAAGCCACGAUGGAGAUGGCUAAUUAUGUACGGCAUCAACCUAACCCUUUUAAUGGAACGCUAGGGGAUAUCAUUGAUAAAUCGCCCAUGAUUUCCAAGAUUAUGUUGGAAGAAAAGUUCUUUAAGGCUUGGUAUGAGGAUCGCGUCGUCCUCUUGGGUGAUGCUUGCCACAAAGUUGUACCAAGUGCAGGCUUGGGUGCCAACCUGGCUAUUCUUGAAGGUGUUCAUUUAUGUAAUCUGUUGGUGGACAUACCUGUGGUCAAUCAAAGGAAUAUUACCAAGGUCUUUCAAACCUAUUAUAAACAACGUGCGCAUAUUGCAAAAGCUGGUCUCACAAAGUCAAGGCAGUUCGGCAAGGUGAUGGGUGAUCGAGGUCCUGUAUCUCGGCUUAUUCGAAAGAUCUUUUUAGCACACAUGCCAGAAAAGCUAGCCAGGGCAUCCAAUGUUCAACGAUUACACUAUCGUCCUCAACUACAUUUCCUUCCUCAAGUACCGGAUCGUGGAUCCGUAAAAGGUCAUCCACAAGAGCCAAGGAUCACUUUCUAAGGAAGAAGAAAAAAGAAAAAGAAAAAAAAAACAUUCACUUUUAGAUAUCCUCAUACCCAUCA